UCAAAGAGUUGGCGUAUUGGUUAUAAAUAUAACUGGCAUUUCUGGCCCAUCCUCAGUUGGCCAUUAGUUUUUGGGGCCAUUACAACGAAAAGAAUCCACAUUGAAGUGAUUUUUCCAACUCCCCCCUACAAACAUGAAGUACAUCCUUAGUACUGCCCUAUUGGCAGCAUGCCUUUGUAUGGCUGCUGCUGUUCCUUUGGAGGAAAUCGAGUCCAUUACACCCUUUGCCGAUCCUAAUUAUCGCCUACCACUCACCAUUCAUCCGGAAAAUUAUAAUAUUACCUUAAGACCAUAUCUCUUGGAAACGGAUCCCGCAAAUAACCGUUUCACUUUUGAUGGUGAACUAUAUUUGACAAUAGUACCUGCCGAACCCACCAACCAAUUGGUGAUGCAUACGAAAAAUUUAAAAUUCACCAAACGUGAAUACUGGUCUACAGCUUCACCAAACAAUGUGAUAGCUCUGCCAAAUGUGGAACCCGAUAAUGUCACCGAUAUUAUUACCUAUACCUUGACAACGGCCAUGGCCAAGGAUCAGAAAUAUGUGUUGCAUUUUGUGUAUACCGGUACCAUGGAUGAUGAUAUGCAUGGAUUCUAUCGCAGCUCGUAUACGGAUCCAAAAAAUAAUACCAAAUGGUUGGGUUCCACUCAAUUCCAAACCAAUCAUGCCCGUCGUGCCUUCCCCUCCUUUGAUGAGCCACGUUUCAAGGCCACUUUUGAUGUAACAAUUAAGCGUCAUCGCAGCAUGAAGACUGUCAGUAAUACCCGCAUCAUCAAGAGCGUCAUGGAUGGUGAAUAUUUCAUCGAUACCUAUUACACAACACCCAAAAUGUCCACCUACUUGUUGGCCUUCAUUGUAUCCGAAUUCAAUGAACGUUUCAAUGGUGAAUUUGGUGUUCUUGCCCGUCCCGAAUAUUUCCAACAAACCGAGUAUGCCUUCGAUGUGGGUCAAAAGAUCUUAAAGGAAUUCGAUGACUAUUUCAAUCUUCCCUUCUACUCGUUGGGUGUGGACAAAAUGCAUAUGGCCGCUAUUCCCGAUUUCUCUGCUGGUGCUAUGGAAAACUGGGGUCUUCUCACCUAUCGCGAACGUUCUUUGUUGUAUGAGGAGGGUUCGACCACUCGCGGUGCCCAGCAAGCUAUUGCCGCUGUGGUGGCCCAUGAACAAGCUCACAUGUGGUUUGGUGAUUUGGUCACUUGUCAAUGGUGGAGCUACACAUGGCUGAAUGAAGGUUUCGCUCGUUAUUUCCAAUAUUUUGGAACCCAUAAUGUCGAAAGCCACUUUCAAAUGGAUCAACAAUUCGUUGUGGAUCAAAUUCAAACUGUCAUGAACAUGGAUUCCACCAACAGCACCAAUCCCUUGAGCAAUGAAAAUACCAACUCACCCUCGGAUUUGGGCCGCAUGUUCAACAGCAUUUCCUACAACAAGGGUGGCAGCUUCAUUCGCAUGGUCAGACAUGUUAUGGGUGAGGAGAACUUCAAGAAAUCUUUGCAAGAAUAUCUCAAAGAGUACCAAUUUCAAAAUACAAUUCCCUCACAAUUAUUCGCCGUAUGGAAGAAGCAUAUGCCUCCUGCAUUCCAAACCGAUGCCGAUGAUCUCUUUAAAAGUUUUACAGAACAAGUAGGUUAUCCCUUGGUGACAUUCAAUAUGACAAACGAUAAAACUGUGGUCGUUAGUCAAAAGCGAUUUUUGCUAAAGGGUAAUGAUGGCGCCGAUGAUUCUCUUCUUUACACCAUUCCCAUCACUUAUACCACAAAUUCAACGAAAAAUUUCACCGAUACCACACCGGUACUAUUCCUGAAGAACACCACUGACGCCACCAUCCUUACUUUGCCCACUAGCGCUUCCUGGAUAAUUGGCAACAUUCAGGAGACUGGUUACUACCGUAUGAACUAUGAUACCAGGUCCUGGCAUGGCAUACAUCAUGCCUUGAAUUCUGGCAAUUGGGGAGGUAUUCAUGAAUUGAAUCGUGCCCAAGUUGUGGACGAUCUCUUUAACUUGGCCCGUGCCAGUGUCGUUGAUUACGAUUUGGCCCUCGACAUUUUGCAGUAUCUAAGCACCGAGACCCAUUAUUUGCCCUGGACGGCGGCUUUCAAUGGCUACAACUAUCUUGUGAUCCGUUUGGGUACCGAUACCAGUGAUUUUGCCUACUACAUACGCGAAAUGACCUCCAAGACCUAUGAUCUAUUGGGCUUCGAGGAGAAAGUAAACGACACCUCUUUGGAUAUUUACAAUCGUGCCAAGAUCCUUUCUUGGUCCUGUAAAUUUGGCAAGGACGACUGUAUCUCUAAGGCCAAGAGCUACUUCAAUAAUCUGGAUAACAAACCAGUGCCGGUGAACAUCCGCUCCGCCGUCUACUGCACCGCCAUGCGUGAAGGCAAUAUGAACGAUUUCGAUAAGCUCUUCAAUAAAUAUCUUACCGAGACUGUAGCUACUGAGACCACUUUGCUGUUGAACUCCCUGGGUUGUGUCAAACAUCCCGAUUUGGUUGAAAAGUUCUACAACAUCAUUUUGAGCGAUCAGGUGCGCCGUCAAGACAAGUCCAGUGCCCUAUCCAGCUUGUACACCGAGAACAAUGAAAAUGUUGAGCCCUGCUUCGAUUUGGUUACCAAGUCAUUUGAUAAAUUGGCCGAGGCUAUGGGUAGUUAUGGCUCGGUUGCCACAGUCAUUUCAAACAUUGCGUCUCGCUUUACCACCCAUGCACAGGAAGAUAAAUUGAAGAAUUUCAACAAGGAUAACAAGGCCAAAUUCGGAGAAGCAGCAACCACUUUAGAGGCUGCAGAAAAGACCGUUGAAGAAAACUUGGCAUGGGCCGAAGCCAAAUUAAGUGCCUUCAGAGACCAUUUGACUCUAUUCAGGAAAAACGGCAGCCCCUCCCUUAGCAGCUUUACCGCCCUCACCUUGCUGUUGGCAGUAUUCAUGGCCCGUUACCUGCAAUAAUUUGAGUUCUCUAUCGAGAAAUUCUUCGUUUCUAAGUUUGUAAUUAAUAGUCAGCAGUGUGAUCGUGUAAUAGACAUUUUUAGUUGUUAACACACAAAAUUAAUUUAGAAAGAAAA